AUGGCCUCAUGGAAUCGGCCACUCAUUUAUGGUCAGUCAACAACAGCAAUUACACAGUCACGCUAUUUUUUGAUUACGAUGACUAAUUAUCCAAAUGCAUUGUUAAGUACACAACAGUAUCAAGAACCACCAAUUCAGCAAUAUAUACAACACUAUCGGGGUGCCAUAUUCAUACCCAAUACAUCCAUUCGAAUCGGCAUCGAUGGUUCGGAACAAUAUGAAAGAUUCUUAUAUACUACAUUAAGAUUUGAAUUAGAAGAAUCAAUUCGAACGUAUCUUCAGCGAACCCAAAGAUUAUAUCCAUUAGAUACAAUCGAAGGAUUCGAGGAUAUCUUUGACAUAAUCGACGAUGAUAAUGAUACAUUUGAAUAUACAAUCGAAGAGUUGAAUAAAUACUUCAUUUCUGGUCAUUUGAAUUCAAUUCCAAAUGAAGAAGAAAUCAUAGACGGUGAGAAUAUCUAUGAUUAUAUAGGUGAUGAUAACAACAUGACCGAAGAAACACAAGAAGAAGAGAUUUUGUCACAAAGUUUCAGUCAACUAUCAACAGCAAGUGGCGAUGAAGAAAGAUCAUUUGUAACUAAUAAACGACAACGGUCGAAUGUCGCAUCUAGUCCAACUAUUAGUUCAAAGAAAAGGAAAAUAAAUAAUAAUAAUAAUAAUGAUACUAAUAUUUAUACAACUGAACGAUGCCAAAUACCGACAUAUCUAUUGAUACAGAAUAAAUUAUUUGUUCAUAUGGCUCAAACCAUCAUAAAAACAGUUAGAUAUAUUACUAUGAAUGAUAUCCAACAAAUGGCUCUUUUAAUGCAUCAAAUAGCUACUGUUCAAAUAGAUAGAGAAAUCAUGCAAGCAUAUUUACAUUCAGUGAAGGGUACAUUGAGAGAAGCAGAAUGCCAUUUUAUUGAAGUUGAUCGACGUUUUUGGCCCAUGCAAGUUCAAUCAUUGAUGUUAACACAACAUAAAUUAACUAUGAAUGAUACAGAUACUACUAGUGAAAUAACAACACCGAUGGAAAUCGAUACAGAAGAUCAACAGAUUGCUUGUGAAAAUCUACUUAAUGAACAUUUACAAAAAAUGAAACGACAAAUUGAAUACUAUGAAAAAGAGCUUGAUGAAAAACAAAGUACUUUUAUCAGAUUUACAUCAACGAUACAAGAAACAAUCGAAAUUCAUGUUCAAACAUAUGGAAUAAAACCACUUGAAAUGAAACGAGAUUUAAAAUUAGCAUUAGUCAACUAUGAUUAUGAUGCAGAAAUGCUGCAACGUGAAUACUUCCAACAGCAACCGAAUAAUUAUCAAGUGAAGAAAAUUUUAAUCUCCUAA